GAUAAUUAUUAUCGAUUAUGAAAAGAAUAAUUAUCGUACUACUGUUUGGAUUCAUUUGGAUGCACAGUGUUCUAUCGCAGUUCACAUUUCCACCAAUCACGACCUUUGAUUGCUUUAAAGAUGUUCUUGGAAUGCCCCUAAAUCUACAGGCUUUGUCGGGUGACUGGUACGAAAUGGGUCGAGUUCCCAAAACGGAUGUCAUGAAGUGCCUGGUUGUUUCAGUGCCGCAGAAAGCGGAUGAAAAUCUCGAAUUGCAUUUGGAGUACAUUAGCACCUUAGGCGGUGAUAUUCAGCGCGUUAGGGAAACAGUUCAAUUCCCCAUGGAUAACUUUACCAAGAACAGCAUUUUCCACUUGUUUUACAGUGGUUCCCUGUCGAUAAUUAUCACCUAUAAAGUGAUCUAUACGGAUUACAAGCACAUGACUUUAAUAUGCGGCUACGCGGGCAUCUCUCCAGUACCGCUAAUUAAGUUAUUAUCGCGCCAGCGACAACUAGAUCAGAGAUCUAUAGACUUUAUCCAAGCUCAAUUGGUAACGUCGGGCGUUGAAGAACACUUUAUGUGGACAGAACAAUCACCGGAGCACUGUGGUACUGCAGCACUAAGCCCUGCAGUUGGAUUAUUUAUAUUGUUAGCUCUGGCAAUCUUAUUUGAAGACGAUGUUUAUGGUUAUGUUAGAAAGAGUUGCUUAAGAUAAAUAAGAUUUAAGUUAUUAAAACAA